GCGUUUCAAGGGGGCGCAGGUCUUUGCACAUAUCGUCCGCGACAAUGACUUUACCAGCGCCGACACCUUCGACCCCAAGAACAUUCGUGCGAACCGCAGACGCCGCGGCCUUUCGCCCAUAAUGCAGAGGCGGACGCAAGGAAUCCGGUCCCUGUCUCCGCCCCCAAGGCGACGACUGAGCACUCACUCGCGGUCAAUAAGCCGGUCAUUUUCACGUUCGCGUUCGCGAUCUUUGCCACGCACAAGUCGUUCAGUGUCCCCCAAGACCCGGUCGCUUUCCCCGACGCAAAGAAUGCGCUCUCGUUCCCCGUCGCCAGCUCAUUCCAAGCGUAGUUGGUCCCCCUCACCGGCGCAGGAGACAGGUACCCGUGAGCGAUCGCCGGGACAUCUGGGAUACACAUCAGAAAUGAAACGUUGCAAAUCCACUGCAGCCACAGAAGGUGACGUCCCGACCAUCACCGACCCAACACCCGAAGCGGCGGCCACCCCAGCCGCACCAUCCCCCACCCCCGCCCCCAAACCCUACCCCAACUUCAACGAACCCUUCCUUGCCGCCAAACUCGCCCACGCCCAACACCUCGGCCUCGUCUCCCCCUGCGGCACCCGCAUUAAAACCCCGGCCCUAAUCCACACCCUCACCACUCGCGAGCCUCCGUGCCAAUCCGGGGCUGUGUUACCGGUACCUCCGACUUGUUGCGUGCCAUGUACGUGAGGGGGAACGGAUGGCGGUUUGAAAGAGUGAGGUUGAAGGGAUGGUGGGGAAGUUGGGGGUUAGGCAGUGCUUUGAUUUGAGGCAUGUUUUUGGGAGGUGUGUUGAAGCUGCUGAGAGGGGUGGGAGGGGGGUUCUCGAUAUGGAGGGGUUGGGGGAGAUUUUGAGGAGUGAGGUUGAUGGGGACGCUGUUGCUACCACUACGACGGCGGCCAGUGGAGAACCAACCGGUUCUUCGUUUCAGCCUG